AGUAAGGACUCCCUGGAUGGUGCAAACAGUUAAGUGAUGGGCUACUAACUGAAAGGUUGGUGGUUCGAACCCAUCCAGAGGCACCUUGGAAGAAAGGCCUGGCAAUCUGCUUCUGACCAGUAACAGCCUUGAAAACUCUAUGGAGCAGUUCUACUCUGUAACACAUGGGAUUGUCAUGAGUUGAAAUCGACUCAGUAACAACUGGUUUGGUUUUUGGUUUUGGUGUUGUAAACUAAAAGCUCUAUAAAUUUUCUUUCCUAUAGCUGUAAAAUUAGAGGAAAGUAACCUUUUUGAAGUUAUCAGCAUGUUCCUGUUCAGUUCCUCUAUCCAUACCUUAGUGCUUUGCUGUGGGCUGCAGUCCAUUACUAGAUCAAUUUAGUGAGUCACACCCAGCAUUAAUAAAAAUGGAAAUGAAAGUUUUCAUGAGAAACUCACAUGUUGUAAUGAUAAGAAUUAUUUUAUGAAAUUUUUGUUUCAGUUUUAUGUAUGUAUAUGUGUAAUAGGCUGAAAUGUAGACUAUUAUGGGUGGGGAUCAAAAUAUUUGAAAGACACUCUUCUGUGCAACCCCCUUCUAAACUCUUGGUAUCUAGUUCAUUCCUUUUUUGGUUGUUUUUGUUUUUUUUGUUUGUUCCUUUUGAUGUCCUUUUCAAGGGCUUAUCUCACAUACCCCGUCUGGGGACUUUCUAUGAAUAUUCCUUUAUGCUCAGUCUUUUCUUCACCCAUCCAGUCUCUUCUGAGCAUAAACCUGGGUUUCCCAGUGUGAUAUACCUUGUUGUUCUGUUCUCCAUUGGAGAGGAGGUAGAAUCAGCUUACUCUUUUUUUUUUUCCUUUUCUUUUUUAUUGAGGUAUAGCACACAUACAGUAAAGUGCACAAAUCCUAAGCAUACAGCUCAAUGAAUUUUUACAUCUGUAUUCAACCGUAUAAUCAUCAUGCAGAUGAAGAAAUAAAACAUUUCCAUGAUGCCAGAAGGCACCAGCUUAUUAAAUCCUUUAUGGGUCAAGAUGGGUGUGUGAGUUAAAAAAACAACAGCAACAAAAAAAAUGUUAUCACAUCAAUUCUGACUAAUAGCAACCCUGUAGGAUGGAGUAAAAUUGCCUCAUAGAAUUUUCAAGGCUGUAAGUCUUUAUGGAAGCAGACAGCCACAUCUUUUGCCCUCGGAGCCACUGAUGGGUCCAAACCACUGACCUUUCAUUUAGCAGUUGAAGCUUUAACCACUGUGCCAGCAGGGCUCCUGGGUACGUGAAUAAAUUAGAUUAUCUCUCUAGGUAAGUAAUGUAGGUAUAUGUAGGUAAGUAAUGUUGAGCUUUGAAGGGCUCUAAAGUGGGAAGCAACUGAGUUAGGAAAUAUUAAAAUGUAGGGAGAUGGAAUUUGGAAAGUAAGCUUUGGAAGAAUAAAACAGGAGCAGCUUAGGUGAACCAAGGGGAAAAGCAAGGAAGAGUCAUCGGGAAGAAUUCAGGGGAAGAAAAGUAUACCUGGAUUUCAGAAGAGAAAACAUAAAAUUUGAUGUCUUAGUUUCCUGUUGCUGCUGUAACAAAUUACCGUAAAUUCAGUGGGUUAAAACAACACAGAUGUAUUCUUUCAUAGUUCUGGAGGCUCUGAGGGGAGAAUCACCAUUUCCUCGCCUUCUUUGGCUUCUUGUGGCUGCCUGUAUUCUUUGGCUUGUGGCUCCUUCCUCCAUUUUCAAUCUCUGCAUUUGUUGUCACAUUGCCCUUUGUGUACACCUGUGUAAAAACUCCCUUUGCCUUCCUCUUAUAAGGACACUUGUGACUACAUUUAGGGCCCACCCAGAUAAUCCAGCAUGGUCUCAUCUCAAGAUCUUUAACUUAAUUACAUUUGCAAAAUCCUUUUUUGAAAUAAGAUCAAAUUCCUAAGUUCCAGGGGUCAGGAUAAGGACAUAUCUGUUGGGGCCACCAUUCAGCCUACUACUAUAUCACCUCAACCAACCGUCAGCUGAUUUCUUUGACCUCUUUGCAUUGCUAGCAUAUCUAUAUGACUUAUUUUGAACCUAUUAUUUCUGCCCUACUAUUUUGUCCUUUAAUGAAUAAUUCCUUCCUCUUUGGCCAGACUUACGAGCUCCUUGAGGGCGAUAGGUUUCUCUUGCCACCCAGCCCACAGCUACUAGGAUGGUGCUUAUCCACCGUGGUACUUAAGAACUGUUUAUCAGAUUACUGAGGUUUGAAUAAAUUGAACAGUGGCAAGUAAAAAUCUUUGCAUGGUGAAUAGUCAGGAUGUUACUUUGAAAUUUAACAGGUGAUUUUUCUCACUGCAAGUGUUUUGUUGUUGUUGGGUACUGGAGAGUUGAUUCUGACUGAUAGUGACUCCAUGUGACAGAGAAAAACUGUUCCAUAGCAUUUCCUAGGCCGUAAUCUUUACGGGAGCAGAUCCACAGAUCUUUUCUUCUGAGGAGCCUCUGGCGGUUUUGAACUGAUGAUCUUUUUGGUUAGCAGUCAAGGGCUUAACCAUUACGUCCCCUGGGCUACUUUCACUGCAAGUUUUUUGUUUGUUAUUUUCUGAUACUCUAGUUUUUUGAGGGAGUAACUAACUGCUUUUUUCCCUCAGGAAUCUUAAAUGAAUAGUUGCGGGGAGCGGAGCUGAUGAUGGAGUUGGCGAGCUGAAGUAGAGCAGAGAAAAGCCUCUGCAGCAAAAUGUAGUGGGGAGAACAGGCUUGGAGAUUGGCCAGCCUGGAGCCGCUUGUGAACGCCGCAUUGCCAUAGUGCGAGCUGCUGGAGAACUCAUUAUUCUAGGAGACUCUGGGAGUGCCUCUCCUCUCCCCACACCCCCCGGUGAAUGAGCAUCAGCUCUGAACAAGGGCACACUGCUUGAAGGACUGCGGGAAGACAUGACUGGGAGCCAGCUCUAAGGUAGCUGAGUCAGCUUUUCCCCAGCAGCUCUCAGAGGAGCGUUGCCAGAGCCAGCAGUAGAGCCAUUUCAACAAAUCACCUCCUUUAAUGCCCUUUGGCAGAGACCAAAUCUACACGAUUAUAUUGUUUUUCCUCCUCCUUCACAAAGCAGAUCUUGGGUCCAUCUGUCAGGGCUGUUGUACAAUGGUAAAUGGAGUGAUGAUUCUUCCUGUGCUCAUGAUGAUUGCUUUCCCUUCCCCUAGUAUGGAAGUGGUUGGUCACAUGAGACGUAGAAGAUCACAGAACGUGGAUACCGUGUCAAAUGAUGAGAAGCCCAAGGCAAAUCCCAAACUUUAUAUGUGCGUGUGUGAAGGCCUCUCCUGUGGGAACGAGGACCACUGCGAAGGCCAGCAGUGCUUCUCCUCGCUGAGCAUAAAUGACGGUUACCACGUCUACCAGAAAGGCUGCUUCCAGGUCUACGAGCAGGGGAAGAUGACUUGUAAGACUCCGCCCUCACCUGGCCAGGCUGUGGAGUGCUGCCAAGGGGACUGGUGCAACAGGAACAUCACAGCCCAGCUGCCCACGAAAGGGAAAUCCUUCCCUGGAACACAGAAUUUCCACUUGGAAGUUGGCCUCAUUAUUCUGUCCGUAGUGUUUGCAGUCUGCCUUCUAGCUUGCCUCCUGGGAGUUGCUCUCCGAAAAUUUAAAAGGCGCAACCAAGAACGCCUCAAUCCCAGAGAUGUGGAAUACGGCACCAUUGAAGGUCUCAUCACCACCAAUGUUGGAGACAGCACUUUAGCAGAUUUAUUGGAUCAUUCGUGUACAUCAGGAAGUGGCUCUGGUCUUCCUUUUCUGGUACAAAGAACAGUAGCUCGUCAGAUUACACUGUUGGAGUGUGUCGGGAAGGGCAGGUAUGGAGAGGUAUGGAGAGGCAGCUGGCAAGGGGAGAAUGUUGCUGUGAAAAUCUUCUCAUCCCGGGACGAGAAGUCAUGGUUCAGGGAAACAGAAUUGUACAAUACUGUGAUGCUGAGGCAUGAAAAUAUUUUAGGUUUUAUUGCUUCAGACAUGACAUCAAGACACUCCAGUACCCAGUUGUGGUUAAUUACACAUUACCAUGAAAUGGGUUCGUUGUAUGACUAUCUUCAGCUUACUACCCUGGAUACAGUUAGCUGUCUUCGAAUAGUGCUGUCAAUAGCUAGUGGUCUUGCGCAUUUGCACAUAGAGAUAUUUGGGACCCAAGGAAAACCAGCCAUUGCCCAUCGAGACUUAAAGAGCAAAAACAUCCUGGUUAAGAAGAAUGGACAGUGUUGCAUAGCAGAUUUGGGCCUGGCAGUCAUGCAUUCCCAGAGCACCAAUCAGCUUGACGUGGGGAACAACCCCCGUGUGGGCACCAAACGCUACAUGGCCCCUGAAGUUCUAGAUGAAACCAUCCAGGUGGAUUGUUUUGAUUCUUACAAGAGGGUCGAUAUUUGGGCCUUUGGACUUGUUUUGUGGGAAGUAGCCAGACGGAUGGUGAGCAACGGUAUUGUUGAAGAUUACAAGCCACCUUUCUAUGAUGUGGUUCCCAAUGACCCAAGUUUUGAAGAUAUGAGAAAGGUAGUCUGUGUGGAUCAACAGAGGCCAAACAUACCCAACAGAUGGUUCUCAGACCCGACGCUAACCUCUCUGGCCAAGCUGAUGAAAGAAUGCUGGUAUCAAAAUCCGUCCGCAAGACUCACAGCUCUGCGUAUCAAAAAGACUUUGACCAAAAUUGAUAAUUCCUUAGACAAAUUAAAAACUGACUGUUGACAUUUUCAUGGCGUCUGGAAGGAAGAUUUGACAUUGUUUUUGUUGUCCAGCUGGGACCUAAUGCUGGCCUGACUGGUUGUCAGAACAGAAUCCAUCUGUCUCCCUCCCAAAAUGGCUGCUUUGGCAAGGCAGACAACAUACCCGGCCAUGUGUUGAGGAGACACCAAAACCACCCUAACCUCACUCAAUGACUGUGAACUGGGCAUUUCACAAACUGUUCACACUGCAGAGACUAAUGUUGGACAGACACUGUUGCAAAGGUAGGGAACUGGAGGAACACAGAGAAAUCCUAAAAGAGAUCUGGGCAUUAAGACAGCGGCUUUGCAUAUCUUUCACAGGUCUCCUAGACACUCCCCACGGGAAACUCGAGGAGGUGGUGAAUUUUUAAUCAGCAAUAUUGCCUGUGCUUCUCUUCUUUAUUGCACUAGGAAUUCUUUGCAUUCCUUACUUGCACUGUUACUCUUAAUUUUAAAGACCCAACUUGCCAGAACAUUGGCUGUGUACUCCACUGGUCUGUCUUUGGAUCAUAGGAAUUCAAUUUGGCAAAACAACAUGUAAUGUCAGACUUUGCUGCAUUUUACACAUGUGCUGAUGUUUACAAUGAUGCCGAACAUUAGGAAUUGUUUAUACACAACUUUGCAAAUUAUUUAUUACUUGUGCACUUAGCAGUUUUUACAAAACAGCUUUGUGCAUGUGUUAAAGCUUAUUUUUAUGUGGUCUUAUGAUUUUAUUACCGAAAUGUUUUUAACACUAUACCCUGAAAUGGACAUUUUCUUUUAUUAUCAGUUAAAUUCACCUUUUAAGUGCUUCACAUUUGUAUGUGCGUAGACUGUAACUUUUUUUUCAGUUCAUAUGCAGAACGUAUUUAGCCAUUACCCACGUGACACCACCGAAUAUAUUACUGAUUUAGAAACAAAGAUUUCAGUAGAAUUUUAGUCCUGAACGCUGUGGGGAAAAUGCAUUUUCUUCGGAAUUAUCCAUUAUGUGCAUUUAAACUCUGCCAGAAAAAAUAACUAUUUUGUUUUAAUCUACUUUUUGUAUUUAGUAGUUAUUUGUAUAAAUUAAAUAAAAUGUUUUCAAGUCAAACAGUGAAAUUAUUUUUCAAUAUAUAAAAAAGGGCUAUGUCAUACAUAGCAUUUUAUGGGAACAGUAGGAGCACAAAAUUAACUUGGAAAUAGAAUUUGCUUUGCAAGUGUAGUAAUGAACUUGAUGGGACUGUUAGGCUGUCCUCCAGCUUGAAUUUGGUAUCAGAAAAUUUGUGUUUAGUUUUUUUGUUUGUUUGUUUUACUGUGUUGGUUUCCUCAGUUUCACUAACUUGGAAGUGACCUGCCUUCCUCACAGGGUAUUUUAAGUAUAAAUGCAAGGAAGGAUGUCAGAGCAUUUUCAUUGGUAUAAUAAGUUUCUAUGUGGGUAUAAAGUGGUCUGAUGCACCCCGUCUUGCUGCCUAGGGAGAGAUGAUGUUGGCUCUUUUUACUUCUUGUGCUCAGUAGGGCUGGAAUGAUAGGGUUUAGAGUAGCCCAGUAAGAGGAGUGAGAAAAUUCCAGAAUGUUACUCAAAGGUAAGUUAGUAACUUACUUAGGAUACACUUUCUAUUUUCUUGGAGGAUAUAUAGAUAUAGAUAAAAUAUAGAUAUUUUAUAGAUAUAGGAUAUAUAUUGGAGUCACAUCACACCCAACCAUUUUUUUCCAUUUUUGUUGAUACAGAAAAAUUCUCAAAUCAUAAGUGUACCACUUGUUGAAUUUUUUUUUAAAUUGAAAACAAACAGCACCUAAAUCAAGAAGCAGACAUUCUUCAUGCUCUGGUCUGAACCCCCCACCCUAAGAGUAACUGCUAUCCUGAUUCCUAACAGCUUAGAUUAUUUAAAAAACAAAAAAACCCAAGCUAGCUGCUGUUGAGUCAAUUCCGGCUCAUGACGACCGCAUGUGUUCAGUUACUAUUGAACAUUUUAUAAAAGGAGUCAUGCAGUAUGUAUGCUGGUGGAUGUAUAUCUAGGAGUAGAAUCGCUGAGUCAUAGGUUACGUCAAAUGCUCAGCUUUAAUUGAGAUUACCAGCUGUUUUUCCAAAAGGUGCUGUGCCAAUUUAUACUCCCACCAUCCUUGUGUAAGAGUUCAGGUAGUUCUACAUCUUCAACAUUACUUUUUUUUUUUUCUUCAUUGUUGUCAUUCUGAUGGGUGUUGUACACAUAGCAAAACAAAGUAGGAAAAGGGAGAGAGUAAAAUGACAUUGUUGGAAUAGUUCUUGCCAUUCUUCUCAGGGACUAGAGAACUCAAGUGAGGAUGAAUGCAAGACAUAAAUAUGUAGACCUCAGUUCCCAUGUGCUGGCUUAGUGUGGGUCUCGCAUUUAGUGAUGUGCAUUCUUUUUUAAACAACAUCAACAAUCUAUAACCAUGUCACCUGAUGCUUAGCCAAUGAAAGAGCAGUUGUUGUAACUCUGGAGGAUAAUCUGGCUGUGUAGAUUGACAGGUUAUAUGUGGGUCUCUAAAAUAGCACAUUUCUAAGCAAUGUUUCCUAUACAUGGCUUUCCCUGUAUUUGCUUACUUUGAAACCUAACCCCAUUUAAGAUUUGUUUUUGAAGGGCACAGAGGAAUGGGUGAGGUAAGAUGUGACAAAACCUCUAGAACAACAGGUUUACAUGGCAUCUUGGUGUCCAAUAGGGAAAUUGAGCUUCAAAGAAGUUUGCUGAUGUGUCAAGACUAGACCCUUUGAUUCCAAGCCCAGUCUAAUCUUUCCGUGGCCACACGUCAGUCUUUAAAGAGAGCAUCUUUCAUCUUCACUUACAUUGGGUCACGUUCUCUCAGCUGCACAGCCACUAUUGAGAGUUCUAGAAUGAGGACACAUUUGGUUUGCUCAGUUCAUCAAAUCAUCUGUCUUUAAAGCAGACCCCGUAGUUGUUUUAUAACAUAAUGGGUAUGUGCUAUUUCAAAGGACCUGUAAGAAAAGACAGGCUAUUAUAAUAUCUCUUGUGUGCAUUGUGCCAGGUAUUAAACUGUUGCCUUUCAGCUUAAAACCUACCCUUCUUUGUGUUGCUUGGGCUGCGAUUCGACCAGCUCAGCUCUGCAGAAGGGGACAUUAGAGGCUGACUGGAAGGCAGGAAUAAGAAAAAGAGACUUGCUCCUUCUGGCCUGCUUUCCGUUCUGGCAGCAUCACUCCAGCCUCUCUUGUUAACCAGGGCUUUCAAGCGGUUCUUUUUGAUUUGACCCCCUGCUUUGAAGUAGCAUCUCUAACCCAGAUAUACUGAAUCAGUCUACAUUUUAACAAGAUCCCACUUUCAAUGCCCUGUUCUUAACCCUGCCGAUGGCCGGGGCCUUCCAGGAGCAGCAGGCGAAUCCAGUUUGCAGCUCCAACAUUUGCAUUAGCAGCUUCUUGGUGCCCUCACCUGAGAGGUACCAGCACAGCUGACCAGUGCUCACUUCUCAGAGGUCAGGGGCCCAGUUGCACGGGGCCCUUCCUCCAGGCCCAGAGACAGCGGCAUCAGCUCAGCAGCACUUUUCUCCUCAGAGGUCUGAGUGUCAGUUCUGUGGAUCCUCUCCUUUAAAUCUCUCUGUUCUAACACUUUAUUCUCUGCCCUUUAUUCCUGUAGCCCUCAGCUGCUUCCUGUAGUUGCUUCCUCUAUGAUACUUCAGUGUUCUCUUCUUUAGCCUUUUUAGUUACUUCAUUAAUUUUUUAUACAAAGUUAACAAAUUCUUUGUAUUAAAUUAUCUCUUUUAACAAAACAACAGCUGUGGUCUCUGUCUCCUUACUGGGCUCUAACUGAUACAGGUAUUAUCCUGGUUCUUCUUUCCUGACAUUUUCGAGGUAGGUAGAAUAGAUAUUACGCCCCCAAUUUACAGAUAAGAAAACUGAGGCAGUACAAAAGUGUGAUUUCUCAGCUGAUUAGUAGCAGAACUAAAACUGAAUUCUUAAUUUUUUAGGCCAAAGCUUUCUCAGUUACUUUGUAACUUCUUACGUCUAUUCCCAUCUUCUCCCCCCAGUUUAUCUCCCUAGAAGAAGGAUUAAGAAAGGUCAUUUGGCCUAACAUUUGUUGUUUUUUUUCUUAAUGUGCUUGUUUCCACAGGAAGAUCAAGUGGCACAUGUCUUGGACUCAUCUCUUUUUUUCUGCAAUGUUAGGUUUUCCAUAGAGGAGCUGUUGUUGCUACCCAUCCUACCCCACCUCCACCCCAUCCCUAAAUAAAUGAUAAUUUCUCCACAUAAUUUGGAAUUUGAUGAAGGCUCCCUUCAGUCACUAGAGGUCUGUAUCAUCUCUGAGUACUCUUGACCACCAAGCUUUCUUUUCAAAGCUUCUUUCCUCAUGUUCUAUCAGGGACUGGAGAUGCAGUAUUUCCAAACCUAAUUAAUUAACCUAUUUCAGGUGUUCUGCCCUGUGAGACAGGUAUUCUGCACUCUAAUUUCAACAGUUUCCAUCAGCCAAAUCACUGUAGACUGCUAUCUACCCCAUACAAUCCUUCAUCAAUCCCAAAGUCUGAUAAUAUUGCUAAAAUCACUCCAAAACUCUUUGCCAUAAAGGAUGUCUGUGAUUCACUCUUUCAACAAAUAAAUAUUAAGGGUCUGUUAAGUGCCAAGCCUGUCUUUUCUUACAGAGAGAACAAAGUAGAAGGAAAGGCAGACUAUGAAUAGUAAACGAAGGAGUAGAUCAGAGUUGUGCAAAGUGCUCUGGAUGGAAGUAAACAAGGUGGGAAAGAGUGAGAGGAAGGUUACUUUAGAUAGGUUGGUCAGGAAAAGCCUCUCAAAGGAAGAGACAUUUACCUAGCCCUGAAGGACUAGAAGCCAGCCUUGGGAAGAGAUAGGGAAUACUAUAGUUGUUUUUGUGAAGGACCAUCCAAAUUCAAGGUGCCCAAGGCUAAAAAGAGCAUCCUGGGUUCAGGGACUAGACAAGAGGGCUAAGUGGCUGUGACAUAGUGAGCAAGUGAGGUUGGCCUGAGCUGAGACUCAGGAGGCAAUGGUUUGGAUUUCCUUUGAAGUGCAUUGGGGAACUAUAUAGGGAAAGUAUGAGUGGGAAUUGACUCCACAGCAGUGGGUGGGGAACUAUUGAAGUAUGUUAAGUAAUAGAUCAACAUAUUCAACAACUCUGGCAAGUGGGUCUAGACUAAAAUGUAACUGGAGACCAGGAAAGGAGAUGUGGGGAUAGGUUAGAAUGACAGGUCGUGGUCUACCGGACCAGCCUGAAAAGAGUAGUGUAGACUGGAGGAAAAGCCACGGGUGUGAGAGACUUGGGAAGUAAAUAUAGGAGGAUUUUCUUGUUAGUUUGGAUGGAGUGAAGGAAAAUAUAGAACAUGACUAGUUUUGUGGCUUGAUUUGGCUGGGUAGCUGUUGGUGCCACUGGCUGAGGUAGGGAAGAUGGGAAGGAAUAGGUUUUUGUGUAUUUGUGUGGAGAAUAGGCAAUACAGAUUAGAAAUGAAAAGUAGGUGCUUUAAAACGUCAUAGAUACUUGUGAAACAUCUGAGUGGAGAUGUCUGUAGGGUUGGAAAGUCAUAGCUAUAUCUGGAUUGUAGCUCUCUUCUCAGUAGCUCUUGUUGGCUCUGCCUUCUUCAUGCCAUUCUUCCCACCCCUUCACUUACCAAACCCAAUCCAAAUGCCGCCCACCACUCCAUAAGGCUUCCCUCCUGUCUUUCCUCUUACACUGAUGACUCUUUGUGUUUGGCUUUGUUACAGCCCUUUCUUUAUCCUGCCUGGUGUUACUAUAUAUUUUCGUGGUAUAAGUUUUACCCACUAUAUGGCACUGUGGUCACUGUUUACAGGUAUUCUCUUGAUUAACUCAUAGAAACAGUAGGCACUUGGUACUGGAAUUUUUGUUUGACAGGUUGAGAAACAGGCUCAUGGAGGUUGUAAUAGUGUCCAUCCCAUAGCCUGAAAGCAGUGGAGCUGGGAUCUGAACCCAGGCAGACUGAUUCCAGGGCUGUGUAACUGUGCUGCUGCUUGUUAAAUUACCCACACAUUUUUUCUGCUUUCUUUUUGCAUGAAAAUGAUGUCACUGACUUCCUUUUCAGUAGGAUGUACAGGGUGAAUUGUCAUUCUGUGAGUAGAGAGAGGUUGGCUUUUUCAGCACAUGAUCUUAUUCAGUUUCUACACUUGUACAAAUGAAUACAGGACACAAAUUUACAUGCUAGAUAUGAAAUUAAUUGUUGAAAAAUGCCUAGAAAAAGAACUGGAAGGAGUUAAGCCAAAAUACGUAACACAGUUAUGAUUGGUGCUACUCUGGGUUAUUUUAUUCUAUUUUCUGUAUUUUCCAGCUUUCUAUAAAGAGAAUAGAUUAUGGAAUGGAAGGAAUGACAAUUUUGUGCUGGUUUGGGAGGUCAGGUCAUUCUGCUAGUUACUAAGAGACUCGGUGGGUGACUAAUAACUACUGCAGUAAAUUAAAAUUUCUUUUCAAAGUUAUACGGGUAGUUGUUGAUAAAGUAAAAUAAUUCUACAAGGUUUAUAAUAAAAAGCAGUAACUUUCUGCUCUUUCUCACUUCUAUUCCUCAAUAGAAACCACUUUCUACUUAUUAAACUGUUUUUCUGUUCUUUGUCUUUGUUUCUCUAGAUAGCAUAAUUACCCUUCUAUCUUGUUCUUUUAGUUGUAGACAUUAUCAACUUCCUACUAUGAAAAAAAAAAAAGCCCUGGUGGCACAAUGGUUAAGCAUGUGGCAGCUAACUGAAAGGUCAGGGGGUUCAAACCCAGCAGCCGCUCUGCAGGAGAAAGAUGUGGCAGUCUGCUUCUGGAAAGACUACAGCCUUAGAAACCCUACAGGGCAGUUCUACUCUGUUGUUAUGAGUCAGAAUCGACUCGGCAGCACACAGCAACAACACUAUGGAAGGUGAGAAUUUAGCUCUCUUACCAGCUUCUCCUCACCCUCAUCCUACACAUACAUUUAUAUCCUUCUCUCUCCUCCCUAUAGUAAUUUGUGGACUCAACAAAUAUGUAUGGAGUGCCUGCUAUGUGUCAGACACAGCUCUGAAUGCUGAGGGAAGAGCAGUGAACCAAACGGAUACAAACCCCUUCCCUCAUAUAGCUUUACAAAUUCAAAUUUUGGGUUAGGUUGAUAUUCACUGUUUAUUUUACUGUUAUCAAGUAAAUAUUAUUCAGGAAGCCCCGGUGGCGCGGCCACUUCACAGGAGAAAGAUGUGGUAGUCUGCUUUAGUAAAGAUUUACAGCCUUGGAAGCCCUAUGGGGCAGUUCUAGUUUAUCCUAUAGGGUCGCUGUGAGUCAGAAUCGACUUGACAGCAGUGGGUUAAGUCUCAUUCAACAAUGAUUACAUUUCCUUUCCUAUACAACUUUUUGUUUUCUCCGAAGUCAAUGAUUUUUCAUUUGCUUAGUUUUUAGUGUACUAUCGCUAAUUCCUAACCAAACACUCUGCCAGAAUCUCAGUCUCCUCUCAGUCCAUUCACACAAUGUAAUCUGCCAAUUGUAUCUUAUGAAGAUAUCCACUCUGGAACCCUAUGUCCUCCUGCUCGAAGCUGGUCUGGUUGCUAUUUAAGCCUUUUAUGCUGUCCUGGAAUCUGCUUUCAUAACUAUGCUGUGAAUUCCCUUUGGCUCAGUCCUGUGAAGGAACUCUGAUUCUGAGCAUCUCCCUUAACAUUACCCCCUGGUUUUGUUGAAGUACGUCUUCCAGUAGCUUCCCACCCAGGAAAGAGUGUGUGGUCAGUAAAUUGUUUGAGACCUUUUGAAUCUGAAGAUGUUUUUAUCCUACCUUCACACCAAAUUAAGAAUUUUGCUGGGUAUAGAGCUGUAGGUAAGACUUCUCUUAGAGUUUUUAUGGUAUUACUGCAUCAUCCAGCUUUCCAUGUUGCUGCUGAGCAGUCUUGUGUAUUCUGACUUUCAGUCCUUGUGACAUUUUUUUUCGGAACAGAAUUUUGAGGAUAUUCCCUUUGUCCCCACAGUUCUAUCUGGAACUUCUAUUAUUUUGAUGCUGGUCUUCCUGGACUGACCAUCUACUUUUUUCUUUUUUUGUCUACAUUAUUUAAUUUUAUCUAAUUACAACAGCCCUAUAAUCUUGGCUUUAUUAUGCCUAUUUUAUUUUUAAAUAAAAUUUGUGUUUUCGGUGGAAGUUUGCACAGCAAGUUAGGUUCCCAUUUGACAAUUUCUCCACAAAUUAUUCAGUGACAUUAGUUACAUUUUUCACAAUGCAUCAACAUUCUUAUUAUAUUGUGUUCUGGUUGUUUUGUUUUCAUUACUCUAGUUUCCCUGCUGCCUUAUCGUCUCAUCUUUGCUUUAGAGUAAUUGCUGACCUUUUGGUCUUGUAUAGAUGGUUGUUUCAUGUACUACCAUACUCACCGGUAAUAUGCUUUAUUUUGUAUGCCAGUCUUUUACUUGGCUAAAAGGUGAUGUUGGAAUAGUUUCUGUUCAAAGUUUAAAGAGUACAGUUGUCCGUUAGUAUCUGUGGGGGAUUGGUUCCAGGACCUCUGCAGAUACUAAAAUCCAUGGAUGCUUAUGUCCUGUCUAUAAAAUGGCAGAGUAUUUGCAUAUAGCCUAGGCACGUCCUCCCUUAUAUUUGAAAUCAUUUCUCUAUUACGUAUAAUACCCGAUACCUAAUGUAAAAAUGCGGUGGAAGUUGCUGUUAAUGCUUAUACUUAACACUUAAUGCUUUCUCAGUUUUUGCAAACACUUUAGCACGAACCAUUUUUUGCCGUUGCUGGGGCAGCACCAACACUUACGUGAAUUUCAGCUUCCUUCUGCUUUGCUGCAUGAAUGCUCGAUUUGCUCUUAUUGACCUCAUGCCCCACUUUGGCAAGUGAUAUGCCACUUUUCAAAAGAUCUAAGAUUUUUUUUUUCUCAUGGAGAGAUAGCACUUUACACUCCCUCUUAGCCUUUGUGGGAUUCCUUUGACCACUUCAUUGCUUUUUAGGAGCCACCUUUUUAACAGAAACAAAGAGUGCACACAACACAAGUAAUGAAUGAAUAAGACAUGAGGCCAACGAUGCUCAAACAAGGAGUGCUAGAGAGAGAUUAAGGAUCUGUGGGAGGCUAUAGCAGGGAAUGCCUACAUGUCAUUUCAUUCGUGUGCAUUCAGCAUAGUGCUUGGCACAUGGCAAAUUCAAGUUUUGCUUUUUGGAACUUUUUUUUCCCAAAUGUUUUCCAUCUGCAGUUGGUUGAAUCCGCUGCUGUGGAAUCGGCAAAUAUGGAGGCCCAACUGUAUCUCACGGUGAUGGUCUCAGGGAGUCUUCUAGUCUCAACUGGCCUUGGAAGUCUGGACUUUUUAAAAAUUGAAGCUCUGUAUUUUUCUCCCAUUCUAUCAGGGUCCACCUACUUAACUGUGGCCCUGAUCAGAAUAGUCAGUAUGGUAGCCGGGCACCAUCUAGUUCUUAUAUGAUCAUCUAAUUUUUUAAAAAUAUUUGCCCUCCUACUUUCUAGAUCUUUGUUUUUGUAGUAUAGCAUAGAGGUUAAGAACAUCGACUCUAGGGCCAGAUACCUCCGUGUUAAUUCCAUCCUGCUUCUUAGGAACUGUGUAACUUUGGGCAAGUCACUUCACUUCAUCAUACUUUAGUUUGUUCCUCUGUAAAACGGGAAUAAUAAUAGUACACAUCUAAUAGGUGUAUUAUAAGGAUGAAAUGAACUAUAACUUGUAAGGUGCUUGGAAUAGUGCUGGCACAUACUACAUUCUCAAUAAAGAUUAGCUAUUAUUAAUAUUGCUUCUCAGUCUUAUAUUCCAACAUUGAAAUUGCAGCUUUCAUUUCUCAAUAAUAAUUUUAAUUCCCAUGAGUUACGUUUGUGUUCUGAAAAGACCUUUAUAAAGACUCUUGGGAUGCAAAAUCUUCUCAUAUCCCUCUGAGAAUGUUACAGACUUUUUAAAAGUUUUUUUUAUUCCCUUCUUUGUUUCUGUUUCUUCAGGAUUCUUCCCCCACCCCUUACCCCAUUUUUAUUUAUUUGUUUUGAGUCUCUGUGUUUACCAUUGGAAGAAGUCCUUUAUUAUCUGAUGAUCCUUGGCUGUUCAUUCAUAUUUAGGAGUAAGACACUAAAAAGCUGAUUGGAAGAAACAAUCAAGAGUUACAGUCAAGUUCAUUAACAAUGUUGUUGUUGUUAUAUGCCAUUGAGUUUAUUCUGACUUGUGACCCUAUAGGAUAGAGUAGAACUGCCCCAUAGGGUUUCCAAGGAGUGGCUGGUGGAUUCGAGCUGCCGACCUUUAGAUUAGCAGCUUAAGCUCUUAACCACUGUGCCACCCGUGCUUAUAUAUAUAUAUAUACACAUAUAUAUGUAUAUAUGUAAUACGUAUAUAUAAAGGAGUCCUGGUAGCUCAAUGAUUGAGCACUCUACUGUCAGCUGAAAGGUUGACAGUUCAAACACACCAGUGACUGUACAGGAGAAGAGACUUAGCCAUCUACUCCUGUAAAGAUUAUAGCCUAGGAAACCACGUGCGGCAGUUCUACUCUGUCAUAUAGGGUUGCUAUGUGUUGGAAUGCGCUUGAUGGCACACAAUAACAACAUGUUAUAUUAGUGGAUAUAAAAUAUGUGACACUUCAGGGGACAUCUAGGUCAAUUGGCUUAAUAGUCCAUAAAGACAAUGUUCUGCAUCCUACUUUAGUGAGCAGCGACUGGGGUCUUAAAAGAUUGCGAGCAGCAACCUAAGAGACAACUAUUGGUCUCUCCCCACCCAGAGUAAAGAAGAGUGAAGAAAAUUAAAGACUAAAGGAAACAAUUAGUCCAAAGGACUAAUGGACCACAUGAACCACAACCUCCACUAGCAUGAGACCAGAACUAGAUGGUGCCCGGCCACCACUACAGACUGCACUGCUCGGGAUCACGAUAGAAGAUCCCGGACAGAAUGGAAGAAAAAUGUAGAACAAAAUUUAAAUUCAUAAAAAAGACCAAACUUUCUGGUCUGAUAGAGACUGGUGGAACCGCUGAGACUAUGGCCCUUAGACACCCUUCAAAACUGGGGCAAAACCUUCUUCCAGAGAUCACCUUUCAACCAAACAAUAAUAAUAAAAAAAAAUAGACAGUCCUAAAAACUAAACAGUAACACUAGUAAAGAAACUGCUCCUCAGAACAAUCAACCAUACGAGACCAAAAGGGCAGCUUUUGCCCAAAAACAAAGGCAGGAAGGGACAGGAAAGAUGAGCAAAUGGAAAUGGGGAACCCAGGGAGGAAGGGGGGAGAGUGCUGUCAUCUUGAGGGGAUUGCAACUAAUGUAAUGAACCAAAAUGUGUAUAAAUUGAAAUUGUUGAAUAGGGAACUAAUUCACUCUGUAAACUUUCACCGAAACUACAAUAAAAUGUUCAACAAAACAAAAAUGUGAUACCUAUCUAUAUGUUCAUUAUUAUAAGCAUCUUUUUGGUUCGAAAAAAAAAAGUCAGACCCUAUGCUGGAACUGCAAGUAAGUUUUAGAGUGUAAUGCACACAAGUAGUGUUUAGGUCACUACACUUUUAAUAUUUUAUUUCUGAAGCUGCCUUCUGAAUGGGACGUGAUAUCAAUGCUACUUCUGACACAUGAUAUACCAAAAAAACCAAACCAAACCCGGUGCUGUCAAGUCGAUUCCGACUCAUAGCAACCCUAAAGGACAGAGUAGAACUGCCCCAUAGAGUUUCCAAGGAGCACCUGGCAGAGUCGAACUGCCGACCCUUUGGUUAGCAGCCGUAGCACUUAACCACUACGCCACCAGGGUUUCCAGACACAUAAUAUAGAAGAAUUUAAAUUCUAACUGGUCAGACAUGAUCAGGUAUGACCUCGCUUAAGUUCAAAUGAAAGAAAGAUAUGCUAAUGUUGGGAGGUUGGUCAUGUUGUUAGGUGCCAUUGAGGUGGUUCUGACUCAUAGUGACCCAAUGUACACUGCCUGGUCCUGCGCCAUCCUCACAAUUGCUGGUAUGCUUAAGCCCACUGUUGCAGCCACUGUGUCGAUCCAUCUAGUUGAGGGGCUUCCUCUUUUACACUGACCCUCUACUUUACCAAGCAUGACGUCCUUCUUCAGGGACUGGUCCCUCCUGAUAAUCUGUCCAAAGUAUGUAAGAUGAAGUUUCACCAUCCUCGCUUCUAAAGAGCGUUCUGGCUGUACUUCUUCCAAGACAGAUUUGUUCAUUCUUCUGGCAGUCCAUGGUAUAGUCAAUAUUCUUUGCCAACACCAUAAUUUAAAGGCAUCAAUUCUUCAGCCUUCCCAAGCAUAUAA